UAUAAAAUGUCUUAAUUAAGAAUAAUUUAAUCGACAGCAUAUUUUGACAUUGAGUUUGCGUAUGUAGUUUUAAAUCAGAACCUGCUAUUCUUUGAUAACUAUUAUUUGAUAUUUUUUAUAUGUGAGAUGUCUGAUGAUGACGAUGAAACUGGUUUCGGCGGUUUAUAUGAGGAUGGUCACUGGGUUUGGGAUGACAAUGUACAAGCAUUGGUGUUUGUUAGUGACCUACCUCCCGCGCUGAUUGAAUCUGUACAAAUAACUACAAAAGCACCGACGGGUAAUAUUGAAUUUAGAGACGAUGUCGAUUUAAUUGAACAGCUUCGUUAUCGCCGCCGAUAUCAAAGAAAAUUGAAACCGGGAGAACCUGACGUUGUAACUUUACAGGAUAUUAAGGACAUAGCGAUAUUCACCGCACCUCUUAACCUUCUAAGCCCAAUGCUGAUUCACUUGUUGCAUCUCCCGACGACUGAAAGAUAUCUUAGGGCACUCAUUUUUUGUAUGGCUUACUAUAUACAGAUUGGAGAUGAAAUGACGGCACGAAUUAUGGAACUCGAAAGCAAAAUAAGGACUCCAGAUUGUGAGAUAGUGGAAAGGGAAUUUCGUGAGAACUUAGCGGAUUUAAGACUUCUGGUGGCUAAAGAGUAUUGUGUCAUGCUUAUUGGUGGAGGAGAUUUGAAGAAAUUUCACCACAAGGGUCCUAACAAGAAACGACAAUCCUUGUCGGACAAAGAUGCAAGAUUAUUUGAAACAUUUGUACGUGUAAGCGUACAAAUUGUGUAUUUGGCGCUUGGUCGCAGAUCCUUCCCUAUCAUCGAAUUGGAAGUCCAUCGAAUAAUAAAAUCAGAAAUAUUCAACUCGGUGGAACACAGAUUAAAAUCCGGAUAUUUAGGAAAUAUGGUCCCCGAAGAAAGGAGCGUACUGCUUGGGCCUUGCUGGCAUCAGGAUAAGAAGCUUAAUACUCGCUCUCCUCUCAUGAAUGAGCUAUUUUGUCAUCGGCCAAUUGAUUAUCGUCUGAUGGGGGUUGGAAGUAUUAAGUAUAAAUUCCUCUCCUCGCGACUACAUUACUUCCACCUCGUAAUUUCCGCACCAGAAGAGAAUUUGAUGACAGCAGAUAUGACAGUGGGCAUCAUUGGCAUGCCACGUGCUCUAUUUGACACAAUGCUCAGACCCAUUCAUCAAACUCCAUAUGAAGGACCAAAAUCCAAAGUUUCUGUGUCAUCAGCAUCACGUCAGAGUCAGGGUUCCAAACAGAGCGACAGUCGGAGGAAAAGCGUACAGGCACUUCAAAGAUAUUAUCCUGAUAUUGAGUUACCAGAGAAAGAAUUACAAGACAUUCCUUUACCUAUGGAUUUCCCAGACAACCCUGAACCGCCACGACCAGUCAGUGAGAUUCAACAUCGUCGUUGGCAAAACAGAUAUAAAAGGCUCACGAAGCCGGUAGCAGUUCGAUAGAUUUUGAUAUAUUUUUAAGGCAGGUGAUUGAGGUAUCUCAAUGAAAUAUAUUAGGUAGGUUUGUCAUGUAAAAUAACCUAUUUGUAAUGGUAGUUUUAAUUUAUUUCAUAAAUAUAUUUGAGUUAUUGUUGUCAA